AUGGCGGGCAACGGCGAGAUCAAAAAUAGAAGUGGAAAUGGAGUGCUGGAUGAGAAGGCCUUGUUGCAAAGGCAGGUUGAUGGUCUAGCGACGGAUCGGUCAUCAUCAGGAAGUGCGCAGACAACCAGGAAUCUAAUCAUCUGCGUGGGAGGAAUCUACGCGUCCUUUCUCACGUGGGGGCUUCUUCAAGAACGCAUCACGACGACUCAGUAUGGUAGCUCUUUGGCUCCGGAAAAGUUUAAUUCUCCUGUCUUCAUCAACACAGUGCAAUCGACUUUCGCAGCACUACUCGGGUAUCUCUACGUACUGUUCACACGCAAGCAGUCGAACGACCUACCCAUCUUCCCCAGCCGCAGCAUCAUCUUUCCUAUGUUCUUAGUGGCCAUCACAUCUUCCCUGGCUUCUCCCUUUGGCUAUGCAUCGCUCAAGCAUGUCGACUACAUUACCUUCAUUCUGGCCAAAUCUUGCAAGCUUCUCCCGGUCAUGGCUUUGCACGUUACUCUCUUCCGUCGCAAGUAUCCUCUUUACAAGUACUGUGUCGUAGCACUUGUGACGGCUGGUGUAGCUGUCUUCACUUUGCACCACCCAACUUCGUCUAAGAAGAAGGGAGCAGAUGGCAGCAGUGCAUGGGGACUGCUCCUUCUCGGCAUUAAUUUGCUUUUCGAUGGUCUCACCAACUCGACUCAAGACCACAUCUACAAGUCGUACAGACCCUACACUGGACAGCAGAUGAUGUGUGCGCUCAACUCGAUCAGUACUGUUUUGACCUCGGUAUAUCUGUUUGUUUCGCCGUACAUUGCUACGACGCCUGUCGGAGCAUAUCUCGGCAUGAGUGCCGCCUCUGGAGGAGAACUAGAAUACGCCAUUGACUUCAUCAAAAGACAUCCAAGCGUUGGGUGGGACAUCUUUGCAUUUGCAGCUUGUGGUGCUUUGGGUCAAAUGUUCAUCUUCUACACUCUUUCGACCUUUGGGUCUCUCCUUUUGGUCACAGUCACAGUGACCAGAAAGAUGCUUACCAUGAUCUUAUCAGUAGUCUGGUUCGGUCAUCGUCUCAGCCCAAUGCAGUGGGUUGGUGUCGGCUUGGUAUUCGGAGGUGUCUUUGUCGAGGCACAACUCUCGAAGCAAGAGAAGCUCGCCAAGGACCGCGCAAAGAAGGAGGAGGUUAAGAAGUCAUCUUGA